AAAAUUAAAUAGUGAAAGUGAUUCGCAUUAUAUUUAUGUGAAAUAAUAAAGCGUUGCGUAUUCGCGGAAAAAAUAGGAACUAACGUUGAAAAUACAUACAGCUAUCUAGAGUAAAACUUUAGUCUAUGUCCUCCCUCUUGCUUUGAAACAGGAAUACGUGUGGACACCUGUGCGUACGGCAAGCAGCAACCGUCUGUAUACGUGAGAGUGCAUGCGUGGGUGUCGUAGCAGGCGUUUCUUUAUCAAUAGAGAAAUGGUGCUCCCGCCUUGAGUGUUUCUUGAAUCGGCGAGUGUGAAUUUCUCAGUGAAAACUUGUGUCGGAAUUGAGUAAAAAAAAUUAGUGUUAUUAAAUGUAACCUGAAAAGCGUAUCUACCGUUUGUCGGAAUUGAAUGUACAACUUGAUUGAUGAUACAUGCACGCCAAACGUCAAAGGAAGGGAAAGAUAACAAAAACAUCUGUAUUGUUAACAUAAUAGAUACAUAAAAAUGAAAAAUAAUCGCGUCUUAAUAAUCGUAGAGAUCACGAUAGAGGGUUUACUACCGGAAGCGUCAUGCUACUUCGUUUAACCGUUGAAGAUCUGUGAAAAUCUCUCUCAUGCGAUAUCAUUUUUAUUCGAUUUCAGAGACCAGAAACUAUAUAUAUAUAUGAGAAAUUGUACAUGAGUUAGUUACUCUGACUGUUCAUCCGUUUGCCUGGUCGUCCACCCCUUCCAAACCGUCCUGACACAACGUUUAACGGGUGUAUAAAAAGAAUAAACAUGAUGGCGGCGUGAGAGAGAUAGAUAAGUGAGCAAGAGAAGGGAGAAGAAGAGAGAAAGAGAGAAAGAGAGAAAGAAAGAAAGAAAGAAAGAAAGAAAGAAAGAAAGAGAAGUCAGCCAGCCAGCUAGCUAGAACCAGCCAACCAGUCAGUGUGCCAGAAGCGACGAACUUUGUUUCGUGCUUUGUCUCAAUGAAAAAAUUUAUCGUUCCUGAAUAUCCAUCUAUUUUUUUGUAUUUAUCUGCCUUUAUAAAAUCAAAUAAAUCGACGAGAAUAAUAAGUUUUUAUAAUCAAUGCUGAGAGAACGUUUCGCUUGUAAACAGUUAUCAAGGUGCGGCCACGUUCAUCGUGUUCGCGGUGUUUGCUUCGAUUUUCAUGCAUGCGGGGUCCACGACCGAGCGUGUGAGAAAUUCAGCAUAUCGUCUGGUAACACGGUGGCUUGAUUUCGAUUUUCUAGUGUUUCCAUAGAUGAUAAAAUGAUAUUUCACAGCCAGAAAUAUCCUAUAUGAUUCGAUGCCACUGAUAACAACCGUUCGUUGAAUUAUAAUACGAGGAAAUUUUGUUCGAAUUAAUACAAUGUGAAUGAUUUGAAGACAAAGCACAGGAAACGCGGUGUUGAUGCAUGUAAAUAAAACACGUGAUUAGAUGAAUAACUGCCCGAGAAGACUUAAGAAGUUGCUCUUUUUUAAUUAGAAUUCAUCGCAUAAGCAAAUUUUGCAUUUAAAAUUCAUCGAAUCGAAUUGAAUCCAUAGCCAUCUAAUAGAAUCGAAAAGGCGUUUCUAACAAUUAAAUAAUUCUCCAUCGAUUUUAUUAAUCGUUAUUUGAUGAGGAUCCAUUCGAAAACGAUUUAUAUUUGAAUACAUUUUCAUGGCAAAUAGUUCGAAUCGAAUCGUAUAUGGCUAUUUUGAUUAACGGUAAUUAUGCUUCAAGAGAGGUGAAUUUCGUUGAGUGUGAAAAAUCUAUUAUACGAAGAACAACGACGCUAUUAUUUCAUCAAAGAUUGACAUCGAGACUUUUGUUCGAGAAAUUCAUCUCUUUAAGGGAAUAGGAUAUUCGAUGGAGCGAAAUCGUCCGUGUUGGCCGGCCUGGUGGCAAUAACCUCCAGUCAGAGGUGGCAGACAGUUUUCGCACGAUGCGUUUGCCCUCGUGCGCGAUAGAUUAUAAAAUUAGACGUUCGAAACUUCGUACGAAGGAAAAAGGAGCAAAAACGCAUCGUUCUCAUGCGGUAAAGAAGGUGGAGACACUGAGUGCUGAUAACGAACGAAGGGUCAAGCGACGAAAGGAAUUAAUACAAGUCGGAUGAAUAAUUUCGAGGGAGGUAGACAGCUGUGCAUAGUCAGAAGUGACGUCAGUCGCGUUGGGUUCAUAGUUCCUCUUAUUUUUCUCAUUCGGAGCUGCGUACAGAGACCGCGUGCGAAGGGGGCGACAAUGAAAGCGGCAAAUAAGCGAAAAUAAAGAAAGAGCACGUCAAUGACCAAGCGAAAAUAAGAAAAAAUAUAAAGUCAAGUUUUCGAUGAACGAUAAUUAUCUCGCUCGCACUCGUUACAGUGAAAAGAAUCAUCACAAUUUCUAGUCUGUUGCAUUUACAUCGAGAAAUCGUUUUUUUUUUCAUUUCUCGAUGAAAUAUUUUUAAAUCGAUUAUAUUUCAAACUGCACGUGCUAUGUAUCAUCGCCAUCGCGGAUCGAAACACGUUCGAUGCGCUCUCGUAACGAUGCAUUUAUCGAGCACGCAUCGCAGACUAUAAUGCUUCGUCUUAGAAGAUUCGAUAAUUUCAAUUAAAUAGUUAUUGUGCGAAGAUAUACGAAAAAAAAAAGAAAAAGAAAAAAAAAGAAAGAAAGAAAGAAAGGAAAAAAAUAACAUUUCACAAUUCAACAGUUUUACUUUAAACACUGAGAAUGAGACUGAAAUUCAAUUAUUAAAUCUUUUAAUCGAUUAAUUUAUUUGAGGCGAACGAGUUCGUUGAAAAGUAAUUACGGGAUCGGCAAGUUUGACCAAAUUUACUUCUACAUUAUAAAUGUUAUAUAGAGAUAGAAAAACUAAAUUCAUAUAAAACUGCAAAUUCUUAGAACAAGAGAGAGAGAGAGAUCGAAAUACGACAAGCAAUAAACGAUUGCUUUUAAAAUUAGGAUAUUUAGUCCCAACGAACCAAUAUGUUUUUUAUUCAAACGACAAUACAUCGUGGCACGUUAGAACGAAUGAUAAUAGUUGAAAUUGGAAGAAAAGAAAGGUAUUAAGGGGAUAAAAAGGGGCAUUCGCGAUCGAUGCACCAUCACCCAUGUUGAAUCGUAUCUGUACGAGUAAUCGUCCAAUGGUUGGUUAUUUCGUUCCCUUCGAUACACGACCUAUCGGUCUGUCCGGGAAGAAACGACACACGCUUCAAUAUCAUCGUCAAAUGGACACAAAUGACUAGCUUAACAUUAUCUUCGAGCACGUUCGAGAUGCCCCGGUCCAGAUCAAAACUGUUCGUACCCGCGAACGCGAUCUCAACACAGACGUACAACACACCACCAAGCGAGAACAAUCAUCUGCCGCCGUUGAAGGGUAGCGCAUUGGCACUGAAGCAGCCUGCAAGUGAGUCGUCGCCUAGUUACUUGACCCGAGCCAGCCACAUGGCCGGUACUCAUCUUCCGAGUUUAAGUUCCAGCGCCAACAACAGCUUGCUCAGCCUGACCGGGAACUCCGACAGCUUGAACCUGAGCCUGAGUUCGCACACGAGCCACAACUCGAGCCACAACUCGAGCCACAAUUCGAGCCACAAUUCGAGUCACAAUUCGAGUCACAACAAUUCGAGUCAUAACUUCACUCAUAAUUCCAGUCAUAAUUUCAGUCACACAACCGCUCACGAGUCACAACACGCGCAGUCGAAUAGCCAAUCGGGCACCGCGUCAGUGGUGAAGAAUGGAUGUUCGAACGGAAGUUCCUGCGGCAGCGGUAUCCGCAAGCCGAAGACCAUCAUCGCCACACCGGACGUCGUGUUGAAGAUCUACGUGGACAAGCUGACGCCGUACGAGCACCACGAGAUUUUCAAUUAUCGCCACAUAUAUUUCAUCGGGGCGAACGCGAAGAAGAGGCCAGGGAUAAUCGGCCGGCCUCACAACAACGGCUACGACAACGAGCAUGGUUCCUACAUCCACGUGACCCACGAUCACGUGGCCUACAGGUACGAGGUGCUGAAGGUGAUCGGUAAAGGUUCGUUCGGCCAGGUUGUAAAGGCGUACGAUCACAAGAAGCAGGAGCAUGUCGCCUUGAAGAUGGUGAGGAACGAGAAGAGGUUCCAUCGUCAGGCGCAGGAGGAGGUGAAGAUAUUGAGGAAGCUGCGCGAGCAGGAUAAGGACGACACGAUGAAUAUCAUUCACAUGUUCGAUUCGUUCACGUUCCGUAACCACAUGUGCAUCACCUUCGAAUUACUCGGUAUUAAUCUGUACGAGUUGAUCAAGAAGAACAAGUUCCAGGGGUUCAGCAUGCAGCUUGUGAAGAAGUUCGCGCAUUCGCUGCUACAGUGCCUCGAUGUUCUCUAUAAGAACAGGAUCAUACAUUGCGACAUGAAGCCGGAGAAUGUUCUCUUGAAGCAGCAGGGACGCAGUGGUAUCAAGGUGAUAGACUUUGGUUCGAGCUGCUACGAGAACCAACGCGUCUACACGUACAUUCAAAGUCGCUUCUAUCGCGCGCCAGAGGUGAUCCUGGGUGCAAAGUACGGUAUGCCAAUCGACAUGUGGAGCCUCGGUUGCAUCUUGGUGGAGCUGGUUACCGGUUUCCCGCUGCUGCCGGGCGAAGACGAGUCCGACCAGCUGGCCUGUAUCAUCGAGUUGCUAGGCAUGCCGCCGCCUCAGCUGUUAGAAUCCGCGAAACGGUGUAGGCAGUUCAUCAGCUCGAAGGGUUAUCCGCGCUACUGCACCGUUAUAACGAUGUCCGACGGUUCGAUCGUGUUGAACGGCGGUUUCUCCAGGAAAGGGAAGGACCGUGGCCCGCCCGGUUCCAGGGAUCUCAGGCAGGUAUUGAAAAAUUGCGACGACCCGUAUUUCCUGGAUUUCAUUCACCGCUGCCUGAAAUGGGACCCGGAACAGCGCAUGACACCUGGCAAAGCGUUGAAACACAGAUGGCUGCGCCGCAGAUUGCCAGAGCUUCCAAAGAAAACGAACGACGCUUUGCCCGCUUUGCCGGCAGCCUCCGCGCCGCCCACCUCCGCUUCCGGCCUCCGUACCUCCGCGUCCGGUAGCAAAAGUUCGACCAAGUCGAGCACGUUGCAGACCAACAACGCGGAGUCGAACACGAACAAGGUGAAGCAGUUGAACGACAUCUUCCAUACCAUGUCUACCAUAUACUCGGCAUUGCAGCGUAACGACGGAGGAAGAGGAAGAGGAAGAGACCAAACGGUGGCAACCAAUCAUCAAGCGACCGUCAGCAGUCAUCCGUCGCUGAACUCUAUUAGUGGUGAUGCUAGCAGUAGUGGUGGUGGUGGUGGUGGUGGUGGUGGUGGUGGUGGUGACGGUAGUAGCAGUAGUACUAGCGGUAGUCAGCAGCAACCGCAGCCACAGCAGCAGCAGCAGCAACAGUCGCAACAGCAAGCUCAACAGCAGCAACAGCAUCAAUUGCAAACGAAACAACAGCACAACAACGGUUCGCACGGAUCCCAUGGGUCCCAUGGGUCCCAAGGAUCGCACGGCUCUCACGGAUCCCACGGAUCCAACGGAUGGAGCAUAUCGUUUCUCGAGUGGCUCGAGACGGUGGACAAUGAUUAGCAAGGACGUUAUCGAGCAACUGAGACGAUUCAUCGAAACACGAGAUCCCUCUUAUUACUUUUUUCUAACACGUUUACCGUGGUCGAUGUUGCCGUGAUCGGUGACCUCGUGUCUCGCUGAUUUGUCGGAUCAGAUCGACUGGCUAUCUUGAUCACGAUGUCGUCUUUCGACACGCCGUGUCUGUUUAGUACCCGUUGUCGAAUCGACACCGAGAUAAUAUUAACGGUGUUCCUGUGUAUGGUAAUAUGGUCGCCCGUUACGAGAAAAAGAUUCCUCGGAGUCAAAGGAGAGAUAGCAGUGGCCUCAUCUUCGACCUCCGGAUACUACUGUGAUCUACUACGCGAUAUGUUACUACUACGAAAGAAAAAAAAAAAGCGUAAAAAAAAAAAGAAAAAAAAAGAAAAAAAAAGAAAAAACCGAAAAAAAGAAAAAAUGGGGGAAGAGAAGGAACGAACGACAAAGAGAACCGCUGAAGGGGGUGAAGGAACUGGGGAAAAUCAAUCGCGAUACCUCGAAUCAUGUACCUCACCUAGGCUUGGCGACGUUGCUUCGCGUUGCUCUCCAAUUUGCUUGUUGUCUCAAGAUCCAUUUCUCGAGAGAGGAGGUGAUCCGUUUGCACGAUCCGUUUGCUUAAUCGAGGACGAUUGCUUUUUCGGCGCUCGUUUUUCUGCGCUCGAUUCGCUAAGAUCAGCGGCCUCCCUUGUUGUAUACACGUUAACAACGAGUUACGAGUUCGUUCGUUCGCUGCGUCACGUUUGCAUCCUAUUAAAUAGGGAGGAUGACCACGGAGGUUAUCGUGCCAAGGGGAUGACAGAGGGGAAGCAAAGAUUUGCGCCAUGUCGAUGAAUCGAUUCUCCCGAGGUGAGAAGUAAUAAUCGAGAGGUUUAUUUAGUUGACGCGAAUUCCACCCCUAUCUCUCUAUAUAUAUGUAUAUGUAUAUUCUUAUAUAUACAUAUAUAUAUACACGGGGAAGGAAGAUCGCGACGACGAAGUUCGUUUAUGCGGAUAGAUCUAGACGUUGUACCGAGGCGUCGCGAUACGACGAGGGUGGCUUUCACGUUCGUUCAGCGAGAGAUCUAAUAAUCAGAGGGCAUGCCACCUCGUUGAAUAGAGUCAUCGAAGAUGGUUUUUUAGGUCAGAAGAUUCCACCGUAAUGCUAUCAAUAUCGAGCAGAAGGAAAGGUUGAUUUUUCCAUCGAGCGGGCAACCGUAAUUGUUAAUUAAAGGAGGUCAAGUUUGUCCUCCCCCUCCCCUCCGAUUCGAACGAGACGUCGAUCGAACGAGAACGAUGUCGAGGAAAAAAUAACGAUGCUUUUUUUUCUUUUUCUUUUUUUUUUUUUUUUUUUUGAGAAUAUAAAGGAACGAUCAUUGAUAUCGGAUUGAAAGAAACUGAAAUUGAUAAGAUAGGAGUGUAUGCGUUUAUGUUUCUUUAUCCGUGUUUGUUAUUUUUUUUACUUGCCUUUUUUAUAUUUAUUUAAUACUUCAAAGUAAAUAUUUAUCCGCGUUAAAUUAUUUCGUGUGCUAAUAUGAACUUUGAACCUACUUGAUUCCGCGAGGAAUUCUUUCCUUUCUUGUCAGACUAAAACAGAUUGCAAGGGAAUGAAUAAUGAAUCGUGGCUUUUGUGGCUUGAUAAACACACAUGUUAGCAAUUUAUAUGGCUAAUAUUUUUAUGAUAAUAUUUUUAUGAUAAUACUCGUCCAAUUUUAGAAUUGGUUAAGAACUGACUCGCUCGCAAUCGCUUCAUCCUUGAACUUUCUUCUCUCAUUCGUUUCUAAUAAUGCGAUUUAGACAAAUUUUUUUUCUUUUUCUUUUUUCUUUUAACUUUUUCCAUUUUUUUAAUUCUAAUGUUAUUUUUAAGAUUUUUUUUUAUCGACCAAUAUUUUUUUUUAAUCUUAAGAUCAUCACUCAACGACAACUGCCCCGAAUUAUGCAUUGCGUAACACGUUUUGUAAUUCCUUUUUAUCAGCAUUUUACACGUCAUCAAUUCGCAAAAAGGAAAGACUCGAGACUUAUUAUUCUCUUAAUCUUGCAUUUCAUAUCAAUCUGUUGUACAAAAUGCAUUUAUCGCGAGAAUCGAUUUCGCAUCGAAAAACUCGAUUCGAAUUUCGCGCCUUCGCCUUCGCGUUUGAAACUCAGCCGUGGCCCGGGGCGAAAAAUUCGUUUUGCGAUUCGAUAUCCAGUGACUGAGCUGGAUAUCGCCCGAUUUAUUGCAUUUUUAACGGGAAUUUUUCAAAGAAAGAAAGGGAAUGGGGGAACGAUCGAAUCGACAUGCGCAAAUCCCUCUGGGGAGGAAAUCCUUGGAGUGUAAUCCGAUCACGACCCCGGCACAAAGCGAAAUCAUGCUAAUUUUAGUUCGAUAUGGAAUAGAUAUUGAAGGCGGAGAAGGGGCGAUGUAUUAUUGAAAGGAAACGUUGUGAAACGGGAGGAGGCGCGUGCGAGAUAUGGAUGAGUGACUGUCGCAAGGAGAGAACGGUCGCGUAAUAAGCAAGGAUGUGACGCAUCGAUGAUAAGGGAGGGGAGAAGGGAAAAAAAGAGAGAACCGUCGAGGCGAAAAUUAAGAAAAGAUGGCAAUAAAUUAGCCGAAACGAUGAGAAAAGAAAAGAAAAGAAAAGAAAAAAAAAAAUAGGAGUUGAAAAGCUUGAUAAAAGAAACGAAUGGGGAUGGGUGGGGGGAGGGAAAUAAACGCGAUGAACACAGAGUGGUAAUUAAAUCGUGAUACUGAACAAGAUAUCUUGUGAUAUGGGAUUUGUAGUGUAUUGAGGUUCACGUUGAUGAACGCUAUAGAUAAAUAUAAAAUAUUAUAUAUAUAUAGAUAUAUAUAUAUACGUAAAAUGCGUCUAUAUAUAUAUUAUAAUAUACGUUGUAACGCUAACAAAGAGAGAGAGGACAGAAGAAAAAAAGGGGGAAAAAAUACUACCACGCGCGUAGUAAGAAGUAGUCAGCUAAAAUAAUAAUAAUAAUAAUAAUAACAAUAAUAAUAAUAAUAAUAAAAAG